GCCCGAGCGUCGGGCUAAAAGCGCUGCUGCCGGGCGGUUCCGAGCCAGAACGUUCGGUCGAGCGCCGGAGCCGAGCCGAGCCAGCGCCAUGCCCGUCAAAGUCCGGGUGGUUUACUGUGGGGCCUGAGGAUACAGCCCUAAGUAUCAGCGGCUCAAGAAGGAACUCGAAAAGGAGUUUCCGGGCAAGCUGGACAUUAGUGGUGAAGGGACUCCUCAGGUCACAGGAUGGUUUGAAGUGACAGUGGCAGGGAAGCUGGUGCACUCCAAAAAGAAUGGAGAUGGCUUUGUGGAUGAUGAUGCCAAGCUACGGAAGAUAACCAUGGCCAUCAAAGCAGCCUUGGCAUAAGGAUGGUGCUAAGAAUGUUCUAACAACUCAGUGGCUAACAGAGCUCAAAGAAAAAUCUGUUUUGUUCACCUUGGCCGAGCGCUCGAUGACGGGAGCUGUUGAAAUGUCGCCAGACGAAUGGCAGUUCCCCGAAAACCCUUUGCGUAGGAUGCCAGUUUGAGCAAAGCCUGAUGGGGGAAUUUGAGCUCUGGAGUUUGACAUCUGCAUGUGGAAUUGGGUCUGGCACUAAAGCCCUUAUACCUAACAUCUUAAGUGUUGUGCAUUCGGUGUAUGGUACAUGCAAUCUUGGCUUCCUUUAUAGCUCUGGCUUUAAUAUCUGGUAUUAAUAAUGGUAACUCUGAUCUAAGAUGGUUGUGGGAGAAGGGAAUAGUGAAGCCCUCCGCCGACAAGUGCUUUUUGACACUCGGGUUCUGGAAUGCUCUUGAAUGCCUUCAACUUUCGGGACAACAAAAAUAAAAAUGUUUCCACUAUGUGAUGGGAAUCCAGUUCUAAAAAUCUUUCUUUCUACUUAAGCUAGAAUUCUACUUAACCUAGAAUUCUAGAAUGCUAAAACAUGCAAACUGAGAAAGCUCUUCUUUUCCCACCUUCCCUAACUGCCUUGUUCCAGUGGCCUUUGGUUUCCCUAUUCUGACUUCCUUGCUGAACUUCUGUCUAAUAAACACUUCUUUCAGUA